AUGAGAUUGAGUGAUCUGAUGAAAGCCGCCAACAGUUUUAGCAAAGACAACAUAAUCGGGUGGGGAAGAACGAGUUCUUCAUACAAAGCAACACUUGAAGACACUUGGCAUUCCGAGAAAGAAUUCGCAUCAGAAAUGGCAACACUUGGGAACGUGAAACACUGGAACCUGGUCCCACUUUUAGGCUUUUGUGUCACAAAACACGAACGGCUUUUAGUCUACAAAUACAUGCCAAACGGUACCCUGCACGAUAAUCUACACCCCGUUGGCAAAACCAAAAAUGUGUCAAAUAUGGAAUGGUGGGUCCGGUUAAAAGUGGCUAUUGGUUCAGGCUAUUGCCGAAGCAUGGUACCAAUAAAAUUCACAGAACAUAAUUUUAAUGACGACAUUCUACAAAAUAAUGUCACCAUUCGUUAUGGACCUAAUGAAUGGACUGUUAAGAUUAACAAGUUGUGGAAUAUUCAUUACUACAUACUCGACUUCUCACAGAUUUCGGCUGAUAUUUCUUUUUUGAUGUGGGACUGUUUAGUGUUUGAAAAAGUUGAAGAAUAUACAUUUAAUCUGAUAAUUUCCCGCCCCUAUGAUGUUGAUGCGUUAGUUGCUGACUUGGCACGUACAUUCCGUGAAUACCAACCUAUAGCUCUGCCAGAAAAUGUAUUUGUCCAUCAUACUGACGAAGAAAUUCAGCAUGGCAUGGGUGAAGAUACUUUUCCAUCUGAAGAUGUUGAUGUUGACACUGUUGUGUUGUGUAUCUGA